CUGUUAGGAAUGACAGCUCCUUGUUUUGAGCCCUUUGUUUGCAACUGUCUCCCGCUGCUGGAGCUCAUCCAGCACUCGUUUUUGGAGACCGGUCUCCUCUCUGGCCGUAGCUCCCUUUUCCAAGCUAUUUCUCCGCCCUAAACUUUGCAAAAGUCCGCAGCUUUAAGGCAACCUUCACCCAGCCCUACAGAGUCUACUGCGCACCGUAACCCUGGACGGGACAAGUGUGUGAAAUAAUUCCCAUCCCCAUAAAAAAAAAAAAAAAAAAGAUUUCCCGGGAAGUAGUUCUUGGAUUUCCCUGGACAAGCCCACCAGAAAGGACUCCUUCCCUUCCCGCCCUCCCCAAGGGGACAGUUGCGGGGGCCGGCCUCUUGCCAGCCCCGGAGCCGGCCGCAGAAGCGGCGGGUCGUCCCCUUCCCCUUCUCCCUCCUCUCCCCGGUGGGUCUGGGAACUCGUUCGCAUGGCAGUCACGUCCGGCAGUGGGAGCGUCGCUGGGGCUUCAUCGAGUGAUGAGAGAACAGACGUCAAAACGGCCUUAUGAAUAUUGAUGCGGAGGCAAGGCUGCUUUCGUAAAGGAGCAGAAGGAAGCAAGAUGACUGCCCUUUAGGAUUGGAUCGAAGGCAGACCAGAUUGCUUUGGCUGGAGUCGGGCGAAGCGGAGGGACAGCCGAAGGAGAUUUGUUGAGUUCAGUGUCCUAAUAUAUAUACAAACUAUGGAGAUGAAUCUCUGCUGACCACAUUAGAUUAUUUGCUAAAAUCCAGUAAGAGGAUAACCUUGUGGAUGGCCCUAGAGUAAGCCAGAUGGAACAAGAUAGAACUAAUCAUGACGAAGGCAAUAGUCUAAAUCCUUUUUUAAUUCCACAUCCUUCUCGUGUUUGCCAAGCAGAGCCUUUGUCAGUAAAGCUGCAUAAUGGAAACACAUCAGUGGGAAAGAUCUACAAUGAACUGAAUGGCAACCCUAUGUGGCUGCACAGGAAGGCCAACUAUGGAAUGAAGCAUUCUGCAAAAAGGAAUGAGAGUAGUCGAAUAAGCCCUGACCUUCUUCAGCAAAAGAAACAUUGCAGCAGGUAUUUGCAAAAUGGUGGGAUAAAACGCACUUUUAGUGAGCCUUCUUUGUACGGACUUCACCUGAACAAGAAGCUUAAACAAGAUGAAGAAGCAAAGAGACGGCAAGAUAGCUCAUUCCCCAUCAGCAACCAAGCAGGCGCUUCUAAUUCAUACAGUGAGAAGAAUGUUAUGGGUUUUGGAACAGAACAAAGUACAGCUUCAGUUCUUAUACAGUCUUUAAGAUGCAACUCUGGUGCUUCAGAAUCUCCUCCAGCUCCCCAGUUUCAGAAUGAACAAGGGGAUGAAAACAGCAACUGCCACAACGGGGACAUUGACAUGGCAUAUAAGAACAAGGCAGCUCCAAUGCCUAACGGUGCUAUAGUUUCUGCCUCUUCCAUGGGAAACGUGCACGGUGAAUUCCUGGAAAAAACAUUGUCUCAGUAUAAUCCAGAACAUGUUUUCAGUGGAACGCAGACAACUACGUCUUUUACAAGUGCCAUAAACACUCGGGCUAUUAAUGUGUUGACAUGUGGCACAUCACAUUUACUGCAUACCUCAGGGCAGAUAAGUUCCGCUCAAACCUCAAACUCUGAGCUGCCUCAGGUGCUAGCUUCUGUAGCUACUGAAGUCCACAGUAUAGAAAACUCCAGUAAAGGGUCCACUUUACAAGCAAGCUCCAAUUUUCAUCAUCCAGAAGUAAUGAGCUCAGAGCAGCAAAAGUCAGAAAAUACUUACCAGCCACCUACAAACCACCAUGAAGUUUCAGAAAAUACAGGGCAGGUCCCCAGUCAGGAUUUCUCACUCAAUCCUAACAACAAUCUGAAGACUCAUGAUAGUAGCUCAGAGAUUUUGUCACAACGAAGAGAAGAAACUGGUGCUUGUUUCCAACAAGAUUCCAUGUUCAGGAAUGAUUCUUUUAAUCUACCCCCUAUUGCACCACCUUCUCCUGAGCAGGAAAUAAACAGUGUGCUCUCUGUUGAGGCUUCAGAAGAUCCUAGAAAUAUUUUCAAUGUGACGGAAGAAAAUAACAGAGGGCAACCACAUCAUCAGGGAGAACAUGCAAAAAAAAAUUCUGGCUUUUGCCAACAAACACUCAGUUCUCAACAGGGUCAUCAAUACAAGAUUCAGGUUUCACAAGUAACUGGACGUGAAACAGAUGUGGAUCUCAGUACAGUGAUAUUAGGAAUAAAGCAGCAAGAUCCUAGUGAAAUUCAGUCCAAACUGGAGUCUAAAAUUCAGGAUCCACAAAGAUUAAGAACCAGUAAAGAAUUGCAACAUUUUCCACAUCUUCUGAGCCAGAUUAAUCAGCAGACUACUCUUGAUAAUGAAAAAGAUCUAGUGAAAAAUCACUUAAAGCAGUCACAAACCCCCUCACAAGCUUCUUGGAUGAGAAUGACUUCCCCUCCCUUUCACCCCAGUGAUUCUUCCCCAAAAUCAAAUGAAACACUUUUGAGGACCAUGCUUCAACUCCAAGCAAAUUCACCUGAGCAGACACAUCCAAAACAAUAUAUUCGAGGUUCCAAUGAAUCAAAAGGAGUCAUAGGGCAAUCUUGCUACCAGAACAUUAUACAGGGUGAGCAAAUACCAGCACUAUUCAAAAGUGAAGGAACACAACCGCCUCAUCAUUUUACUUUGCAAAUCCCAUUCCAAAAGCACUCACCACAAUCCAAAAAGAUAAAUGAUCAGCAGCAAAAUUCAAGGCACUUUAACCUUCAACCACAAUCUGAACUCCACCUUGAACAGACUUUGGAGGCACAGUUAAAGCCUCAGCACUUAGAUCUUCCAUUUGAGGAGGACCAAUUCAUACAUUCACAAAUUUUGCCUCCAAUGCUCCAGACUCAGCCAAUACAACCGCCACAGCAUUCACAAGUAACAAUGAACUCCACACAACAAAUGAAAACCACAAAAUUGCCCCAAAUCUCUCCCCGGUCAAGCAACAGCCAAGAACAGCAAGGGGAAGGAACAUCCUUAAAUCGGCUUAAAUUAGAAGAGUGCUUUGAAGUAGAAAAUAAUUACUUCAAAUCAGUUGAGUUCCCAGUACAAAUUCCCCAGACCAGAGUGGACCAUAUUUCAAAUACAGCCAUCAAAAACUCCCAUUAUAAUCAGACAAAUAAUGUAAUGAAGCAUUCCUGCUCAAACAACAUGCACUUGGUUUCUGAGAAAAAGGAAGAUCCUAUAAACACAGACCUCUUAACUCAAAAUCUAUCUCGCAACUUGCAGCACAUGCAAUAUUAUCCAAAUAGCAUAACUCCUAAACAAGAUCUGCCCCAGAACUUUCAGGAACAAAACCCUCCAUCUCCACCAACUUCAUUUCUACAGCUGCCCUUCCAGCAAACACAGGAAUAUUCUAACAUGACUACCAAUAUGAAUAACUCACAAGCUAGUCAGACUCAGCAAAGUUACUCACCCUUCAAUCAGCAAGCAGCAUCCCAUGCAAUAGAUCAGAGCCACAGCCACUGUCUUCCCUCACAACCUCACAAAGAUUUUCAAAAGCAUGCUGCUAUUAGAUGGCAUAUCUUGAAUAAACAAGCUAACCAAAAUAAAUCUGAGUCAUGUCAAGCUAUGGGUUUCAAGUCUAUCAAAACUGAAGCUGGCUCAAAGGUGAACGCUUGCCUUCCUCCACCGGUUGGACAGUUAGAAAACAAACUAUGGAAGAAAGCAAUUAAACAAGAGGUUCAGCACUGUGUUUGUGAGAACAUGGAGCAAAGGAAUAUCAUUGAAACCAUGGAACAGCAGUUGAAACAGUUUCAGGUCAAAACACCCUUUAAUCACAAGUCACUUACUAUCAAAUCACCCAAACAUGUCAAAAUUGAGGCUGCAGGACCCAUUACUAUCCUGACAAGGAAUUUUAAUGGUGCAGAUUUCAACAGCCAUGCCAUCUCUUUAGAACAACAAGUCAUUCACUCUAAUGAAAAAACACCAACCAAAAAAAAUGCUGGAACAGCCCUCAAUAAUUUCUUAGAAUCACCUUCUUCGUUACUAGAUACACCUUUAAAAAACUUGCUGGAUACACCUAUCAAAACUCAGUAUGAUUUUCCUUCAUGUAGCUGUGUAGAACAGAUAAUUGAAAAAGAUGAAGGUCCUUUCUAUACUCACCUUGGAGCUGGUCCUAAUGUCGCUGCUAUUAGAGAAAUAAUGGAAGAAAGAUAUGGACAAAAGGGCAAAGCCAUCAGAAUAGAAAAAAUUGUCUACACAGGAAAAGAAGGCAGAAGUGUUCAAGGAUGCCCUAUAGCUAAAUGGGUGAUUCGUCGAAAUGGAACUGAAGAAAAACUUCUUUGUUUAGUGCGAGAACGUGCUGGCCACCACUGUGAAACAGCUGUGAUAGUUGUACUUAUCUUGGUGUGGGAAGGAAUUCCUCAGAGCCUAGCAGACAAGCUGUACUCUGAAUUGUCUGACACUUUAAUGAAGUACGGCACACUCACAAAUCGGCGGUGUGCACUCAAUGAAGAACGUACCUGUGCGUGCCAAGGUCUAGAUCCUGACAGUUGUGGUGCUUCUUUUUCUUUUGGUUGCUCAUGGAGUAUGUAUUAUAAUGGUUGCAAAUUUGCCAGAAGCAAGAUCCCAAGAAAGUUUAAACUAUUAGGCGAUGAUCCAAAAGAGGAAGAAAAGCUAGAAUCCAAUCUGCAAACUUUGUCAACUCUGAUGGCACCCACCUACAAGAAACUGGCACCUGAUGCAUAUAACAACCAGAUUGAAUAUGAACACAGAGCUCCUGAAUGCCGUCUGGGUUUAAAAGAAGGUCGUCCAUUCUCAGGGGUCACUGCGUGCCUGGAUUUUUGUGCUCAUGCUCAUAGAGACCUGCACAAUAUGCAGAAUGGUAGUACAUUGGUCUGCACACUAACUAGAGAAGACAAUCGUGAAAUUGGCCAAACACCAGAAGAUGAACAAUUGCACGUGUUACCCUUGUAUAAAAUAUCCAAUGUAGAUGAGUUUGGAAGCACAGAAGGUCAGGAAGAAAAAAAGCGAAAUGGUAGCAUCCAGGUUCUUAGUUCUUUUCGACGAAAAGUAAGGAUGCUGGCUGAACCUGUGAAAACCUGUCGGCAAAAAAAGUUGGAAGCCAAGAAAGCAGCAACAGAGAAAUUGGUCUCCAUGGAGAAUGGGUCUAACAAACAUGAGAGAGAAAAACCAGUCUCAGCACGUCAAAAGCAGAUCAAUGCAGAAGCAUCAGCUCAUGGCAAGCAAUUAGCAGAUCUUUUGCAUCUUUCAGGACCAGCUGUGUCACAACAGCAAUUUUACCAACAUCCAUGCCAGAGUCUCCCUUCUACACCUCAAUCAAACCAUGGCAAUUUAUACUCUGCUUCUGAUCCUACCAAUCUCUAUAUGAGUCUGUCUAAUCCGACUAAUUCCUAUUCAAACUCUACACAUCCUUCCAAUCCUUAUGGAGGAUCCAAUCCAAUGAAUAUCUACCAAACAUCAUCACAACCUGCAGGAACUUAUUUGAAUUCUUCCAGUCUCAUAAAUCCCUAUUCUAUUCAUUUAGGUCAAAAUAACCAGUACCCUCAUUAUCCAUGCAAUGGAAGCUUAUCAAUAGACAAUUGUUCUUAUUACAAUUCCUAUUCUGCUCAGACUCAGCAUAUGGACUUGUUUAGGUAUCAGAGCCAAGAUUCUCUGUCUAAACUAAGUCUACCUCCAAUACAUACAUUGUAUCAGCAUAGGAUUGCAAAUAAUCAGAACUUUGGGCACAGGUACUUGAAUUAUGGAAGCCAAAAUGUGCCAGUAGAUGCUUUCAACAAAUGCACCUUUAGACCAAAUGUUCAUCAUGUAGGUUCUUUCCCAUCUUACUCCCAGCACGAGACUGAUAACCCUUUUAUAGACAUCACCUCCAGGUUGAAAUCAAAUCUGAAUAAUCCAGGUGUGGACUUCAUGAAUAAAAAUGGUGAUCAUCUGUAUCCCUCAGCACACCUUUCCCACGACUAUCAUAGCAUGUUCAAUGGCUCUUCUCAUUCACUCCAUCUCCAGAACAAGAAUAGUCAGGCAGCUAAUGGACUGUCAAACCUCUUUCCAGAUUUUAACCAUGAUAGAACUGCUUCUGAAGUUGGUGCAAAUAAAACAGAGGUGCUCAAUGCAGAGGACCCUGAGGAUAUCUGGUCAGACAAUGAGCAAAGUUUUCUGGAUCCUGAAAUAGGUGGUGUUGCAGUAGCUCCAUCCCAUGGAUCGAUCCUCAUAGAGUGUGCUAAACGUGAACUCCAUGCUACAACCCCAUUGAAAAAUCCUAACAGGAAUCACCCUACAAGGAUAUCGCUUGUCUUCUACCAACACAAAAGUAUGAAUGAGCCAAAGCAUGGUCUGGCUUUGUGGGAGGCAAAAAUGGCUGAGAAGGCAAGAGAAAAAGAGGACUGUGAGAAGUAUGGUCCAGAGUAUGUGCCUCAGAAAGUACAUGGCAAAAAAGUAAAACGGGAGCCUGCUGAAUUAAAUGAGAACCUGGAACCAACAUAUUUUAGAUUUAUCAGGUCCCUUGCACAAAGGACGAUGUCUCUUACCACAAAUUCCACAGUAACCACAUCUCCAUAUGCCUUUACACGGGUUACAGGGCCUUAUAACAGAUAUAUAUAAAAGUCACUUUUGUUUGUUACCUCAUCUUUUUAAAAAGAGUUAGCAAUUAUUCCUUAGAUUAGAUAGAGUCACAGCAAGAUACAGUAUUUUUCUUUUUCACUUGUCAUUGAGGAAAUCUUCUCCAUCCCAGCAAAAUAAGUAAUUUUACCACUGCAUAUAUUUGGAGAGCUGUCACAAGUAACAAUUCGAAACUAAAACCAAAGUAUCCUAUGCAAAAUUAAGAAGACAUAACAACCAACUAGGACUGAAAUACUGCUAUUACUACUGGUAAAAAGAAUGACCAUAAUUUUAAAAUUGUACAUCUAUAACCAUUUUGCUCAAGAGCAGAUAACACAAGAGAGUGUUUUUGUUUUCUAAUGGUGAAAAAACUGCAGUAUUUCUUCUGCAGAAAAUGGAAGAUUCUGCUAGGUGCUCAAUUGAUGGUAUACUGAAAUGCUAACUGGAAAUGUAGCUUUUUAGCAUGGAAUUUGGUUUGUUUUUUGUUUUGUUUUCGCUAUGAUUUUAAUAUAAAUUGAUAUUAAUCAGGAUAGCUACAUUUAUAACAACAGCACUGAAUUUAUUUUGGCUAUUCUAAAACAUGGUGCUAUAUACAAAAAUGGUGUCUACUGCAGCAUUUAGACAAGUUUUAAUGUCUUUUAUUAGCACUAGAUAGGAUAAAAGCAGAUCCUGCUCUCUUUAAUCCAUUAACAAAACCUUUACAUUGAUGUUGACCAUCCAGUUAACCUGAUAUUUUUGUAAAAAUCAGCUACAACUUAUUGUUUAAAGCAUGGGUGUCCAACCCAUAGGCUAUGGGUUGGACACACUUAUUUUAAAGCAUGGAAAUCUGGAUGAAACAAGGGCAAGAUCCAACAAAGCUAUCGUAUGAGCACUGCAGGCGCAAUGUGCCAGUAGCAGCUAGAAUAAUGAAAGUAGUAAAGGCACCCUUUAAAACUAAGACUACCACUACCUAUUCAGCCCAGAAGAAUUAAUCUUCACACUUCAAUGGUUGAAUAGUGGAAUUGAUGGCAUCUUUCAGACAAACAAAUCUGAACCAUAGGCUAGAACUAGGGUAUGCAUCCAUUUUGGUUUAUCUACAGGAACAGUUGAAAUGUUAGGAUGAUCAUGUGUUUGGCAUACCUGUGUAUUCAGCAUCCCAUGUUCUGUAGUAUCUAUUACAACAUGCAACAUAAACUUCCUAAUUAACUUUGAGAAAAAAAGAUUCAGAUGACCCAGCAAAUCUGGGUAUGACCAGGCUUUAUUUUGCCUGUUUCUGGUUUAGUUUUAUGUGAAUUAACGAAAAUAAGCACAAGGUGGUUGGAAGAAUUUAAUUUCUUUUAUCUCAGUUCUAGUUUAUCUUGUGUAAAUAUAGGAAACCAUAGUUAGAUUAAGCCAUGAUUUGCUAAUAACCCAGAAUAUAGCAAGUAUUACUAGCACCAAAUAACAAUAUUCUUUUUCAAGGUUAAUUCAGCAAGGACAUGAAUCAAAGCCUCUUGGUAACUAUAACAAAAUGAUGCUAAUGGUUGCUACUUAUUUAAAAGGAGACCCUUUUCCCAGUCUGUGCUAACAUUUUGAGAAAUAUUUUCUGGGUGACUUAAUAUUCCACAGAAUUGUAAAUCAGAAAAGAAACUGGUCUUCUUUUGUUUGGCUAAAGCUAUUGAAGAUAAUAGUUUUGUCUUGAUUAUCAGGAAAAUGCAAAUAAGGCUUUCAUGCUGCAGUCCUGAAUUCUCUUUCUGCUACUUCUCCCAUGUUAAAUAAGCUUUGUUGGAUCUCACCAGAAUUCAUCUCAUUUGGCAAAGAUCUGAUUAAGAGCAGCAAACAAUAGAAAAAUAUUUUGUGAAUGGUGCUUGAAAAACUCUUUAGGCUGAAAAAUAUUAUCUGGGUGCUAAAACUUUCCAGACAUUUACUGUAACAUUAAAAGAAACUUAUUUGAAUAAAUGUAUUUAGUAUAUGCAAAUUAAAUUCAUAUAUUAUCCAAUAUCACUGGGAGUCAGGUAGCAUAUACGUUUAAUAACUUAUUGUUAGGAUGAUUAUUAAGAGUAAUCUGCACUUAGAAUCAUAGUAGAUUGGUGAAAACUUAUUAAUUCAAGGAUUAAUGAAGAACUCAAGAAUUAUUAAGAUAGUACCUAAGGAUUAUAGAUAGUUUCAAGCAAGAUGCUUUCUGUAAAAUUAAGAUAUUCAGGUUCAAUAAAUUCAAAGUUUCCAAAUAUUCAGUAAAUCCUUUAGGUAGGGCUCCAAGGGCUCCAAUCAUGAUCGUUAUAACAUCAGAUUUCUUUUUCCAUAAAUGUUCAACUUUUACAGGUGUUCAACAAAUUGCUAUUAUUGUUAUUUAAAUCUUUUGAUCUUUGGAGCAAAUUUAUAUAAGAUGGAAAGAGGAGAAGGUAUUUGUAACUGCAUACAGCAGGAUAAAGUUUUUAAGCCAAUUAUAGACACAAACUGAAACCUUUGCUCAAACACUCACUAAAAGAACAGAGAAAGAAUAAAUCCUUUAUUUACUCUGUUCAACCACAGGUAACGGGAUAAAAAAAAAAUACAAGUUUCGUGUUUUGGUGCUCGUCUCAAACAGGUAUAUUGUGAAUAUUAAUUUUAACUAUUUUAAUGAGAAGCUCUUUCCUGAAAUAGUACACAUUUUAAUUUUUUAAUAUAUAUAUAAGUCACAGACAAAAACAUGUUAAACUUGACCAUUUUGUUAUAAUGUUGAGCUACUUUUUAAGGAUCAUAGCAUUCUACAGAUGAUGGUUACUGCUUUAUUUAAUCAUGGUUUAUUUAUGUUAUGGUCUAUGGCACUGCUCAGUGUAAUGUAGCCAUAUUUUUAAGGAAAAGUUGAGAAGAGUCAACACAAAGAAAUACAGGGUUGUACUGGAAGAAGUUAGGGGCUUGGGGAGAAUAAAGUAGAGGCAGCUGGCUUGCUGUGAUGGUUUUUAAUUUGGUAGUUUGUAUAAAAGUGUAAGCAAAACAGAUGUAUAGUAACUUGUAAACAAUUUUAAAGCAAUGUUUUAGUAUUUUAAUAAUGUACAAAUAUAUAAAUAUAUAUUAUAUAUCUAUAUAUAUAUAUCUAUAUAUGGAUUUGGAAUUGAAUUCACAUCAUGGUGCUACUUGGCCUCUUCUCUAAAAAAGUGUGCUAAAACUAUGUUCAAAUUAUGUUUGAAUGAUGUUCCUACUUGCCAUAUACCUCAACUUUACUUGGCAGUAGGAUUUUAAAUGGAGAUUAUAUAAGAUAUCAUGUUCUCCUGAUUUUCUGCUUGGCUAAUAUUUGGGGAAAAGAAAUUCUCACUACUUGAUAGCAAGUGUAACUUGAAUUUUAACACAUAGUUUUGUUCUAAAAAAUCAGGGAUAUAUCCUCUUACAAUUUCCUUAGUAAGCCAAUGUAUCAUCUGUGUAUGUGUAUGUAAAAUUUUAUUGUACAGAUUGAUAAAUAUUAUUGUUAACCCUUUUUUAAAAUUCUACUUUAUUUUUGAGAAUCUCAGCUGUUUUUUAAUUCUGCUUCUAACUUUUACUUGUAAAUGUAUUGAUGGCAAAUUUUGCGGAGUAAAUCCAUUUCUUCUCUUUUAUGACAAUGGAAAUGCAUUUUUAAUAUUAUAAACUCUGUUUGAGGUUUCUUAUUUUACAUCCUCCCCCUUUGUAUGUUACAUAUAAAAUAAACCAUAGAUUGCACUGAGCUGACAAGAAGACAAAGUAGGUAUUUGGCAGCUGGCCAUUUGCAAGAAGGUUGUGCCUUUUCCAAAUUCUAUAAAUAUGUUUUCAACUGUGAUUGCUGUUUUAUUUCAUGGACUUUCAAGACAGAGUUUUUAAAAACAGAGAGAUUCAUGGAGAAAAGACUGCAAGAAAAAAAUACCAGUCAUGACAACUGUAGAUUACCUUUAGAGUUGGAGGCAGCAUAUCUCUGAAUAUUAGUUGUUGAAACACAACAUUUGGGGAAGAAAUAUAGUAUUUGUAUUCUGUAUGCAAUAUUUUGCAUCCGGUUGGCUACUGUGAGAAAAGCAUGCAGGACUUGUUAACUUUUAGUCUAGCCCAAUAGGUCUUACAUUAGACAUAGGCAUUUAUAAAGUAUGGCAGUGCAAUAUAUAUACAUACAUAAGAAUGUAUAUAAAGACCCUGAUUCUGAAACAAGUUACUCAUAUUUUUUUCACUCACUGUCUGGGCUGCAGAAAUUAAAAAUGAUCACUACAUGGCAGCAAGAAAUUUUCUGCCUGUCCUUGUUUCCAUCCAGUGAAUUAUUUUGUCCCAUCAUUUUGUCAUCCAGACUUUUGAAACCAAGUUACUGUAUGCCUAAGGGAACUCGGUGCCCUUUGGAUAUUGCUGAACUUCCACCUAAAGCAGUUGUAGAUCAGCAAAAUCUGGAGACAUUCUUCAUCCUUGUUUUACACAAUUUCCCAAUGAUAUCAGUGGAAUCAUCAAGUUGCAUAAAGAGUAACCUUUGUAGGACCAAUGCCUUCUCUUUGUUUUUUCUUUAAUUGAGUUUAUCUAAUUAUAAUUCUUAAUUAAGUAGGUCAUGAUCUGUGCAAUGCUACAACUACACGAGUCUACUGCUCUCACUUUAAAUAGAUGAGCUUAAUUAUAUCUUACGCAGUCACCCCAAACUGAAGCUCUGAGGUACAUGUAGAUGCCUUGGUAUGGGCAAGGGCUGUUACAUUUUGAAAUACUGUCCAUGAGGAAACCUUCUUCCUUUGUUGAAUACAUCAGAAUUCUCUCUUUGCUGUUGUAUAAAUGAAUAAGCGUUCUUGGAUUGGAAGACUUGUCUAUCAAGUUAAUUGAACUUUAGCUAUUCUUUACAUGGGUCUACCUGACUUAAAACAAUGUUGAUUAAAAUACAAACCCAAACAAUACAGGUAGUCCUUACUUACCAACUGUUUUGUUUAGCAAUCAUUCAAAACUUCAAUGGUUGGUAAACAUCCUCCCAUUCACAGCCAUUGAAGCAUCCAUGUGAUCGCUGUUCAGGUACUUCAAAACCAGCAUGCAUUUAUGACUGUUGUAACAUCCCAGUCUCAUGAUUCUCAUUUGCGAGCCUCAAAUUGAUUUCCACCAUUGCAUUUACAGAGAAUGUGGAAAUGAAAUUGCCAAAUCAUGAUGUCUUGCUUAACAACUGCAAUGAUUCACUUGGUUCUAAGUUGACAUGGCAACAUGGUGCUUAGUGACCGCAACGCUUAGACAGAGUUGCCAGUCCCAAUUGUCAUUGGUAAGCAAGGACACACCUCUGUAUGAUAGGCAGCUUAGCAAUUUUUCUUACUUUGUGCAAAACAAUUUACAUACUAUUGUCAUUGGUAGAUUCCACAUAAUUUCACUUUCAUCAUAAGUGGAAGCACAUUGUUUAAUUUAGUAUCAUUUUUUUAGAUGCAGUGGUCAACUCCAAGUAUAGUGCAACCUUUGUGUGCCCUUUCUAUAUCUACAAGGCAGGGCAUCUUUGUGUCUUCCCUUGCCAAAUUGCUUACAAAUGGAAGACAAUUUCAUUGAAGAUGAGAUGUCAGGAUGAGGAGGAGAAAUGCAUCCUGUGAAUGAAAAUUGUGAUACUAAUGAAAUCUUGCAUAAGAGUGAGACAGAAAGACAAAGCAAAUACAACAUAGCUUGUAUAGGAUUAUCAGGUUGAUUAUAGCCAUACUUGAAAUGUUUCUGAGUGGUGUCAACUCUACUUGAAUGAUUGCUUUCUUCAACUUGAGUAAUGUGCAGCAGCAUUAAAGUUCACUAUUAAACAUAGUGACUAUCUUUUAUAGAGAAACUCCAACGGUUUGACACUAAGAUUAUUGACUUUUUUAUGUGUGCAUUUCUAAGUUUAUGUUCUGCUGUUUGGGUAUUUGUUUGUUUACUCUCAUUUUUUUUAAAAAAUUAUUUUGUCCAUUAAAAACCUAAGAAUGGUUAUAAAUAUUGUAAGUAUUGUAAUGAAUGCAGGUUAUUUGAAAAGCUGUUUUAUUAUAUCAUUCCUGAUAAUGCUGAAAUGUGGGUGUUUUUAAUAAAAUUUAUAUUUAUUUAAUGCA